UUAUUUUGUGCUUCUUCUUCCACCCGGGAGAGGGCGAGGCGGGCGAUCGUUGCGCCAAGGUGAGAUGGUUUCAAGCGAUUCAAUGCGAGAUCAGCGCCAGGAGCUGGUGGUUGUCUACUAUGUCACGGGCCAUGGAUUCGGCCACGCGACGCGCGUUGUCGAGGUCGCCAGGCAUCUGGUAGCUGCUGGACAUGUCGUUUACAUAGUUUCUGGCGCUCCGGAUUUCGUGUUUAAGCGCGAGAUUCCAUCUCCCAAGCUUCACGUUCGCAAGGUGCUUCUAGACUGUGGAGCUGUGCAAUCGGAUGCCUUGACAGUGGAUCGCCAGGCUUCUUUGGAACAGUAUUCCGAGACAGCAGUAUUACCACGAGCAUCAAUUCUGGAAACUGAGUCUCGAUGGCUUCGUUCCAUCAAUGCAAAUCUUGUGGUUUCGGAUAUUGUUCCGGUGGCAUGUCGAGCUGCGACAGAAGCUGAUAUUCCUUCGAUUUGUGUUAGCAACUUCAGCUGGGACUUUAUAUAUGCCGACUAUGUCACGGCUGCUGGCCAUGCGCAUCAGUCGAUCAUUUGGCAGAUAGCGGAAGACUACUCUCAAGCGUUGUUUUUGGUACGCUUGCCUGGCUACUGUCCUAUGCCAGCGUUUCGUGAUGUCGUGGAUGUUCCUUUAGUUGUUCGAGAAGUGCGGAAGAGUAGAGAGCAGGUUCGCAAGGAGUUCGGCAUUCCAGAUGACAAAAAGAUUGUUGUCUUCAACUUUGGUGGCCAGCUCGCUAAUUGGUCCUUAAAAGAGGAAUUUUUACCUGCGGGCUGGGUAUGCUUGGUCUGUGGUGCUUCCCCGGACCAGUCGCUCCCUCCAAAUUUUAUUGGCCCUGGACGUGAUGCAUAUACUCCAGAUCUUAUUGCAGCAAGCGAUUGCAUGCUUGGCAAGAUUGGCUAUGGAACUGUGAGUGAAGCCUUGGGAUACAAAGUUCCUUUCGUAUUUAUCAGACGUGAUUACUUUAACGAAGAACCAUUUUUGAGAAAUAUGCUAGAGUCCUACCGAUGUGGAGUAGAAAUGAUCCGAAGAGAUUUUUUAAGUGGACAAUGGGAACCAUAUCUUCAACGGGCGUUGCAGAUGAAGCCUUGCUACGAUCUUCCUUUGAACGGUGGCGAGACGGUUGCGAGAAUACUAGAGGGUGCUGCUAGGGGUGAUAUUGCCGCCGUAAGAAAGGAAAGUGGAGCACGCAGGCUUCGUGAUGCCAUUGUCUUUGGAUAUCAAAUUCAAAGAGUUCCUGGUAGGGAGGUUACAAUUCCUGAUUGGUACACUCAAAGUCAAAGUGAGAGCCAAUUGGGCCUUCUGAAUGGUUUGAAUCCUGGUGUACCGGGAAAUCUUCUUAAUCACACUGUCACUGACAUAGAGGUGGAAGAGUUUGAGAUUUUGCACGGGGAUCUGCAAGGAUUAUCAGAUACAGCUCUUUUCCUUAAAAGUCUCGCAAGGCUGAAAGACGAUGUAAACUCACCGCUUCGAGAACGUGUAGCUGCUGCCGGCAUAUUUUCUUGGGAGGAAGAAAUAUUUGUAGCAAGAGCUCCUGGUCGUUUGGAUGUUAUGGGUGGAAUCGCGGAUUACUCUGGCAGCCUCGUGCUACAAAUGCCUAUUAGAGAAGCUUGUCACGUUGCUGUUCAAAGAAAUUCUUCUGCGAAGCAGCGGGUGUGGAAGCACAUAUCUGCCCGACAAGUUCCUGGCUGUAAGCCAGUCAUGCAAAUUGUAUCUCUUGGAUCUGAGGCGUCUAACAGGGCUCCAACUUUUGAUAUGGACCUAUCCGACUUUUUUGAUGCGCAAGGAGAACCUAUUAGCUACGAAGAAGCUCGCAGAUACUUCUCUAACGACUCGUCACAAAGGUCGAGCAACUGGGCCGCUUAUGUCGCAGGGACCAUUUUGGUGUUGAUACGAGAACUAGGAUUCAAGUGUGAAGACUGCAUUAGCAUUUUGGUAUCCUCAGCUGUUCCCGAAGGCAAAGGUGUGUCCUCGUCAGCAGCUGUCGAGGUUGCUUCAAUGUCAGCAAUAGCCGCGGCAUAUGGUCUUGAAAUUGAGCCAAGGCAGCUGGCAAUUCUUUGUCAGAAGGUAGAGAAUCUCAUUGUUGGUGCCCCUUGCGGAGUCAUGGACCAGAUGACCUCAGCUUGUGGGGAGGCGUACAAACUUCUCGCAAUGGUGUGCCAGCCAGCAGAGGUGAAAGAACACGUGAACAUUCCCACGGACGUUAAGUUCUGGGGGCUUGAUUCGGGCAUAAAGCACAGCGUUGGGGGAGCCGAUUACGGAUCCGUUAGAGUUGGAGCGUUCAUGGGCCGCCAGAUGAUUGCGCAGCUAGCAGCCGAGAAACUCUCAGAGAAACAGGACAACGGAAAUGGUUUUGACGAAGUCGACGAGGUGGAAACGGAACAGCUUCUGGACGAAAAGAAUCUGUCAUAUCUGUGCAACCUGACGACAGAAAGAUACGAAGCCUCGUACGCCAACAUGCUCCCCGAGACAAUCGAAGGGAAGAAAUUCCUGGACAAGUAUGGCAGUCACAAAGAUUCGGUGACAACAAUUCUUCCGCAAGUCUCGUACCCUGUCAAAUCACCCACGGCCCAUCCAAUCUAUGAAAACAGCCGUGUGGAGGCAUUUGCUCUUCUGCUGGAAGCUGCCGGAGAUACCACUAAACAACUCUACUUGUUAGGCCAACUAAUGUAUCAGGCACACUUGAGCUACACGAAAUGUGGUCUAGGCUCCACUGGCACAGACCGGCUUGUGGCUCUGGUAAAACACAUGCAAAGACACAGCACGUCGGAGAACACAUGCUUGUUUGGUGCCAAGAUCUCCGGCGGUGGAUGCGGUGGAACCGUUUGUGUCGUGAGCACACCCGGAGUGGACGCUACAAAGCAAAUCCUCGAGGUCCAGCAGCGUUACAAGGAAGCCACUGGCCAUUUGCCGUUUAUAUUUGAAGGAUCAUCACCUGGAGCUGGGAAGUUUGGCCAUCUGAGAAUCAUCAGGAAAAGUAUAUAGAAAUAACGACGAUGUAUCACACCACUAACACCACCUUGUUGUAAAGCUAACAUCUUUUGAUCGAUCAAUCAAACAAUGACGUGAAGCUUGUCAAAUGCACUAGCAAACUCGUCCACGUCGAC